AUGGACAUUCGAAGAUGGCUGGACGAAACUGUGCAGCCGGACCCUCUUCCUACCAAGAGCAAACGCAGACGGAAGCGAAGCAAGUCAGACAGCUCACUGCUCGAUCCCCCGUCCCAACGCAAGAAAACACCACCGAACAAGCGCAGAUCCCCCAUUGAGGGAAGUGUAAGCGAGGACACAGACAGCGAUGUACCCAAAUGCACCCGGAGCGACUCUUUGGAAAGUAGCGCCUCGAGCCAGCGAUAUGCGCGAAAACCUCGCCGCAAGACACGCCCAGAACGAUACGAGCACCCGUUGAACAACUGCAAAGAGCAGAGAAAGCUUACGAAUGGGAACCGGAAGGACGAAGCUAAAAGGUCGAAGCGUAAGACCAAGGGCAAGAAGAGCAAGAAGUCAGGUGGGGGCAUAGUGCAAAGCUUCCAGGCCAAGAAUGUCUCUGGAGAUCGGUUGACUUUGAAGCCUCUCGAGAAGCUGGGGAUCUUCAAUAAGGGAAAGACAUCGAUAGCGGUUAAAGGCCGUGGCCUGCCAGAUCUGGUCUUCUCCGAGAUGAGGUUCUUGCAAAAGAAUAAAGACCAGACUGAGUCCACUCCUCCACAAGUGACGUCCAAGAAGAAACGCAAAAAAGAGCAUGCACCUACCAAAGAAGCAGAAAUAUCCGCAUUCUUUGCUUGUGCACGACCAGUACUCGCAGAGAAGAGCGGAAACACCCAGCCGAAUGAGGGUCAUCAGAACGAUGGCGUCUCUAACUCUCACUGUCCGGUAGAACUAUUAUCAGUAGAUGAGACUGCCGUACCCACAGUUGAGCUGCCAGACAAGGCAUCAUAUCUGGGCUUUGGAAGCAGAGGACCUCACCAUGAAAGCACAAGCUACAUGUCGUGGUCGGAGUCUAUACGUGUUUCAAGCGUGACACCGGGACGUUCUCGAAUCAGAUCCGCUAUCAAUGACAGUCAGUUCCAUUCAGCAAAUCACGAAGGACAUCAACCUAUGACUGAUGGAAGAGAUGCAUCCUUACAACGUCCUGCGCCUCCUUCGAUAAAUAGGCAAAAACCAGAUGAUCCUGGUGAGCGUUUUAAAGUGCCCUCACUGCCCGCAACGCAUCAAAGAAUCUCUAGAUCCCACUCGUACCCGCAGCAUACUCCUUUGCCACAACGCGUGAAUCUGCUUGAUCGAGCUCAGAGAUUCCAGAGCACUGAUAAUGCCGCUUCUCCACCAUCGAUGUCACCUUCUGUACCAGUACGAGGUGUUGUUGAGGCCGAACAACACAUGCCCGCCAGUAUCUCCGAGGACGUGAGGUCCAAGGCGACUUCAUUCUCCGGCAGAAAAUUUGUCGCAGCUCAUCAAAUUCAUGAGAAAAAUGUUGAGCAGAACGAUCGCGACACAGGUCCGCGGACCUCCUCAAGCUUGGGCAGAGUUCUGCAGGACUGCAACAAUGUGUGCCAUGGAACACAUCAAGCCACUGCGCCGCGUAGGAGUUAUACUGCACAGAUGAAUAUAUCGCAUCCCACGAGAGGGUCAGAGAGACGAGCCGAUACGAGUCCGCACCCGCCAAUUCAACGCGUACCGACUGUACGGUUCUCUGGGGUAGAAGCCCACUCUCCAGGGGUGCCGAAUUUCUCCAAGCCCAGCAUAUACGAACAGCAAAUGCAACGACAACAACUCCGACUAGAGCAUGUUGUGGAAGGAGACGGAAUUCUUCAGGAUGUCUAUGACCACGAGCAGAUUCAUACGGAUGAACAUGACGAGGUGGCUUACGAUGACCAAAUUUGGGACGAAUUGGCAGACUUUUACGAAUAUGGGGGAGGGGAGCCUGUAGCGUACCAGGAAGAGAACACGUAUGCAGCGGAAGGCGGUGAGCAGCAGCGGGUGCCAGACAAUAACGUCGUCAAGCCGGGGUUUUGGCGACCUCACAGAUUGUACUGA